UUUACUCAUUCACUUCUCUUCUUGAACCUGUUUGAAUCUUCCCUUUUCGCUCGUAAUUAUUAAUCCACCUCAUCCAUCAUGGGGACUUUCAUCACUGACAGAUUACAUCAAUUGAACAGUGAUCUCAUUCAGUUGUUUCACCUCGACCAUCAACCACCAUUACAUUUCCGAGACCGACAAAAUGAGUCCGGUCAACGAGCUGACUCUCCCGCAAACAGAGCAGUUAGUCCCCAAAAAUCAAUAGCUAUGGGCAAGGACAAAGAUAAGGGCGAUAAACGCGGCAGCGAUUCAGCAGCAGAAUCAUCCAUCAUCACCACAACUGAACAAACAGAUCAUGAACUUCUCUCAGGAUUGCGUGCCUCCAUUGACGCUCUUGAUCUGCAUUCCAAUGCCGUUCCUUCUAUGGAGCGUGUCUAUCACGAAAUUGAAAAGGUUGAAAAGUUGGCAAAGUCAACGACAACAACAACAUCAAUUGAUCCAUGUAACAAUCGCGAAAUUUCCAAGUUGGAGCAUCUGUUUAUUGCAAAGUGCACGAUUUCGGUUUAUCUCAACUUAUUGGAUAUCAUCCUGAACGCGACUCUGCCACUUGCAAACGAAAUCCAGUACUGGCAGUCAUUGAUCGACAGUCGGUCAUGGAGACUUUUGUAUACUGUUCAAACGUCACCUUACCGUGUCUUCGACUUUACAAGAUCAGUCCUGGUUGCCACACGUGAACAUCUCGAUUCCUUGAUCACAACUGCUCCACACAACGGUCAGUCAGAUCAAGAUAACCAAAAGAACCAGAUCUUACAAAUCUUCCGACACUUCCCUACAUUCCUCAAAUACCAUCUCAUCUCCCAACCAGUUUCCUUCCCAGUUGCGAUCCGUUACGAGAUCACAAACCAUCGAAGGCAGCUCCAACGGAUUCGAGAAUAUCAAGCUGAAUGUUUGGGACUCCUAUCGGAACAAGGAUUGAACCUAGAUCUUGAAUUCUUUGAAGAUUCAGUCUCAGUCUUAUCGUCUCCAGGAUCUGGAUCGGCAUCUGGAUCUGAAUCUGGGACAGACUCAAGAUCAGCAGCAGUAGCUGGAGCGGGACAAUCAGCAAAACAACAGCUGCAGGAUGAAGGAAGAGGUGGAGAAUCAACAGAGCAGGCAGAGAUCUUUAUUCGAGAUCAAACCUCAAAGACCAUCUGUCUCAUGGAACGUGUCCUCAACAAAGCAUAUAAGGAUAUGAAACUCUUGACAGAUUCACAUCACCAUCAACCGCAGCACCAGAGUAGUCAUCAUCAUUCUCAUUCUCAUCCUCAUCAUCAGCAGUUAAAGUUACCGUCUGCCAAGAGAGCCACUCGCUCACUCACUAUUUUGGGUCAGUUGCAAGGCAUCCCUUCCUUGAGCCAUAAUGACACACUCCAACAUCUCAAACAGCUAAUUCAAAUCGACAUUCCUCAGUUUGUGCAACAGACCGAGACCCAAGCACGGCAAUUCUAUCGCCCCUCCUGGUUGACUAGGAUCUGGAUUCCAGCACUUGUAGGCUACUUUGGAUUGAAAUUCGGCCUUCAAUAUGUCACUGAACAUCGUGCAGAUCUGGACAGGUGGUUAGAAGAAGCUUGGGAUACUGCAAAGAGAUUUGUCACGGAUUGGGUCUGGGAGCCCACUAUGAGGAUCAUGGCCAUCAUUCGACACACUGAUGAGCAAGGAUCUCUACAGAUGCUUGGGAACGAAAGUCUGAAAUCCGAUAUUGCUAGCUUGGAGCGCAUGGUUCUGGAUUUUGGUAAACAAAAUUAUCAUCUAGGUGGUCAAGAACUGGCCAGUUUGUCGCAGGCAGUUCAUAAUGGCGACAUCUCCAUGAUCAUGCGUGCAUAUGAACAAGAGCUCAAGACACCCUUUAAAGGAGCCAUUGUUGGCAAUUUAGUCCAGACAUUAUUGAUUCAAGUCCAAAAAACUAAAGUAGAUGUGGAGGUUGCGAUGGCGGCAUUGGACAAAUUGCUUAAGGCUAAUGAACUCAACUUUGCAUUCUUGGCUGUGGGCCCUAGUUUGCUGCUCCUGUGGGCCGUGUCUGCACAGUCAAAAAAGGUUUGGCAGCGAAUGGCAGGACGACACAUGGGGGUUUUGUCGAUUCAGAUGAAGAAUUCGAUGAGACAAGUCGAGAGACUCUUGAACUUGGCCUCAGCUGAGGGUGAAGGACUCGACAUCAAGCAGCCUAGGAAGCCACAGAGGAAUUUCGAUAGCAGUAACGCAGCAGCCGAACGUCGACCCAGCGAAAAGGGGGCGAUCAAGAGAUCGUCUUCUUCAUCCUCUGAGGAGUUUGAGGAUCUAUCAGUUCUAGGUAAUAACAACGUUGGUGGCAGUGCUGACGACUCUACACAGAGCAUCACAUCCGACAAAUUGACGAGGAUCCGAACCAAGGAAGGCAAAGUUCCUUACAAGACACAAGGUCUGAUUCUUUGUGAGGUACAUCUGCUGAGAACCUUCGCGGCGCGCCUAACUCGAUCAGAAGGUUUGAGAGAUAAAGUUAUGGAAGACCUGCGAGAAAUUGAAGAGAGCUCGUUGACAGUCCAUCAGCGAUUAAGGACUGCGCAGCGCAUGUACAGAACUUAUGGGUUCUUGGGACUUCAUCAACAAUAAGCCUUGCAAUAAAACUAGAUAGAAAAAGGAGCAGCAAGGGCGUAGUAUUAAAUAAAU